UCUGCAACCUUUAAAAUGAAUUUAGAAUUGCUUGAAUCUUUCGGACAAAAUUAUCCUGAGGAAUUUGAUGGAGUUCUUGAUAGUAUAUCAUUAGCUGUGACAUGUGUAUUCAAUAAAUAUGGAACCCUCUUAGCGGUUGGUUGUAAUGAUGGCCGUAUAGUAAUUUGGGAUUUUUUAACUAGAGGAAUUGCAAAAAUUAUCACGGCUCACAUGCAUCCAGUUUGUUCUUUAAGUUGGUCAAGGAAUGGUCAAAAGUUACUUAGUGCGUCUACAGAUAAUAAUGUUUGUACUUGGGAUAUAUUAAGUGGUGAAAGAGAAGAAAUGUAUAAAUUUCCAUCACCUGUAUUAAAAGUUCAAUAUCACCCAAGAAAAAAAAACCUAUUUUUAGUUUGUCCAAUGAAACAUGCAGCUGUUCUUAUAGAUACUGAAGGUAAUCACAAAAUAGUGCCAUUGGAUGAAGACUCGGAUUUAAUGAUAGUUGCUUCAUUUGAUCGCCGUGGUCAAUAUAUCUAUACAGGAAAUGCACGUGGUAAAAUAUUGGUUUUGACUUGUCCUGAUCUUGAAGUUAAAGCCUCAUUCAAAGUAUCUACUGGUAUGACUGGUAUUAAAAGUAUUGAAUUUGCACGGAGAGGAGAAUGUUUUUUACUAAACUGUUCAGAUCGUGUAAUAAGAGUAUAUGACGCUAAAUAUGUUUUGAAUAAUGGCAAGGACGGAGAUACAGAACCUAUUCAAAAACUUCAAGAUUUAGUUAACAAAACAAUGUGGAAGAAAUGCUGUUUUUCUGGAGAUGGUGAAUAUAUUUGUGCAGGUUCAGCUAGACAGCAUGCAUUGUAUAUUUGGGAAAAAAGUAUUGGGAAUUUAGUAAAAAUAUUACACGGAACCAAAGGAGAACUCUUAUUAGAUGUUGUUUGGCAUCCAGUUCGAGCAAUUAUAACAAGUAUAUCUAGUGGUUUAGUGUCAGUAUGGGCCCAAAAUCAAGUAGAAAAUUGGUCAGCAUUUGCACCAGACUUUAAAGAAUUAGACGAAAAUGUUGAGUAUGAAGAAAGGGAAUCUGAAUUUGAUAUGGAAGACGAAGAUAAAUCUAUAACAAAAGAUGUACAGAGAUGUGAUGAAGAUUUUGAGGUUGAUGUAGAAAAUGCUGAACCUAUUGCAGCAUUUUGUAGUUCAGAUGAAGAAGUAGCUAUUGAAGAACAUAAAGAAGCUCUAAUGUUUUUACCAAUUGCUCCAGAAAUUGAAGACCCUGAACCAGAUAUGCCACCACCUGCUGCUUCAUCUUCUAAAUGUCGUUCAUUUGAUAUUCAAUUGGAUAAUACUACUGAUGAAAUGCACCCAUUGUUGAGCAACAAGACUAAAGAAAAACAACUCACUGGAGGUAAAAAAGGCCAGAAAAGAGGACCCAAACAACAAUAAUUAAUUUCUAUUUGUUGUAAUUUGCUGUAAUAUGUACAUAUUUUACUUUAUAUAUUGUAUAUAAAUUAUGAAAUUAUUCAGAUUUGAGAAUAAUUUUACUGUCUAUAAUGAUGAUCAUGGUUUAUUUAUUGUUUUAUAUUUUUAAUAUUCUAUAAAAUAAAUAAAGCAUAAUGUAUUAUUGUAUAAUA